CGUGCCGAGCACAGCGAUAUAUAGAAUAUACGCGCGCCUCGUCACUACAACAGUCAGUCAGUCGGUCGCGCGCAGCCCGUCGGACAGGAGCGUCAACGCGUCGCGAGUUCCAAGUUCGAAGCCAGUCGUCGUCUGCCCAGCGCUAGUAGAGAGUGCGUCCAGUUCGCGUCAUACUGUGUGCUCGUGUGCGACAAGUGCGACGACGCGUAACAGGUUCGGAAAAAUGCGCCAACAGCAGCAGCAGCAGCAGCAGCAACAGUUGGAGCAGGUCAGCGAUCGGGUUCUUCCCCUGCAGGACGCCAGCAAAGACAGUCAUCAGGCCGAAGCGUCCGGUGAACCAGUCGCGAGAAAGUGAGGCAGGCGCGAGAGCUGCAAGCAACAGCAGCAGCUGCAAGCUCAACAACAACAACAACAACAACAACAACAACAACAGCAACCUGCACAGCAACAAUCGGCGUCCGAGCAUGCGACGGGCCUCGGCAGCUGGAGCUCGUCGAGGCGAUGCAGCCAACAGCACUCGCGCAGGAGGCGAACGAUGACUGACAGCCAAGCCUCCCAGUCAGGACGACAAUGUCCCGACGAAGCUGCCAUCGCCGCGAAAAUUCACGAGAUCAACAGUCAGAUAGCGCAAUUCCGGGACCAGCUGCUGACCAUCGGUCAGUCGCGGGACUGCCCGGAAUUGCGCGAGAAGAUCCGCAAGACGCGGCGCGACUGCGUCAACGCCUGCAAAAAAGCCUCCGAAAUGGUCCUGCCGCAAAUGAGGAGAGAGCAAGUCGGGCCCGUCGAACAUCAGCAACGUGAUCACGCAGAUACUGCUGUGUCGGCAAAUCACGCCGGACUUCAACGAGGAGGAAAUCAACAGCAUACAGAAGGACUCGGAGGACAUAAGCGACCUCGUUGCCGAGCUCCAGGAGUUCAUGCCGCAAUCCGAGGCCGACACAGAGAGACCAGUGGCCCUGCAGGAGGCGGCGAAUCGGCUGAAUCGCAGCAACGGCGCCCGCAAGAAUCUCCGCUGGGAGGGCCGAAGCAACAGGCAGCCGUCCUACCUGCGGGGUACCUUCAAGUUCUUCUGCUGCGCGGGAAGGCCCAAUUACCUUUGAUCCUUGAGUCGCAGUGGUCGUCGUCGUGGCCCGGCGCGUCGACGUCGUCGCCAUCAUCAUCAUCAUCAUCAUCAUCGUCGUCGUCGUCAUCGGUAUCAGCGGAGAAGGAUCUGCGCCCACACUCGAUCAAAAGGCAGCAGCGUCGACUGCUCUACGGUACAUGUAGCGUCGAUUUGGCUCCAUCGUGCUGCAACUUUUUCGCGACUGCUCUCGAUUGCCCAAUCAUAUUCGCACGAUGAUCAAUUGCAUCCAAGUCAAUAAUUGGACUCGCUGCGACGAGUAAUAAUAAUGUAUGCGCGUACGUGUCGCGGAGCCAAUAGCCGGGCUUCAGCCGUUGGCAGUUGGCACAGCGACGUUUAUAUCGAGCUUACGGUCGCACUCGAUUGGCCCAACGUCACGAUUCUCUCGCGUUCGCGAAAAUAACCAUAUGUAAACAAAGCUCGUGAACGCGUAGCUAUAUAAAAUAAUCUCGAUUCUUUCAACUGCCGCGAAGAAGACGAGGAGCGACGUGUGCACGACAUUGAGCGCACGAGCCAGAGGUAAGCGAAAUAGCGACCAUAGCGAUCGAUGAACGGCUAUGUCAUAUUAUAUGCGCGCGUGCGAAAGCGAUUAUUAAAAUGUCUAUACAUUGCAUAUGUACGAUAAUUGUAUGUGUGUGUGCGAGUAUGUGCUGGUUGCGUAACGCCACGUGUAACUAACUGAUAAUUAACUGGAACUAAUAGGACAGGCGCUCCGGCACGACACGCGGACACGUGCCCUGCGUGUAUAAUUGACGCCCGAGCCUGCACACGCGACAAACGCACGAGCAUAGGCGUCGAGGCGCGCGCGAAACCUGUGCGGAAUGUACAUCGAUGCCUACACAAUACUCAGCUGGUCCGUCUCACUAUCUGUCUGUGUCUGUCCGUGCGAGUGUGACUGUAUGUAUGUAUGUGUGUGUGUGUGUGUGUGUGUGUGUGUGUGUGUGUGUGUGUGUGUGUGUGUGUGUAUGGGCAUAACGUCAGGUACGUAACGAUAAUAAUAAUAGUAAAUUUCGAAACGCAAAGGGCUUUCCGAGUGUCGAGUUUGCGGCUGUAUCUCGGUAUGCAAAACUUUUCAACUCGAGGCUGCCUCUCCCUCGCUCUCUCUCACACAUUCACUCCCUGUGUAUAUAUCGCUAUACAUACGAGGAUGCCAAGCCACGCAAACCACGCGCAUAUGUAUAGCCGUGUGCACAUAUGUGAGUAAAGCUCAGAGCUACUUUGACCACUCGACGGAACAAGCCCGAUGCGCGCUCUGAGUGAGUUGUUGUUUUCCACCCGCAACCAGCUCGCUCCACGACACCUUCGUAAAAGAGAGCGAGAGGGUGAGAUAGUGUUAUGCAGCCGCAAUUCUCACAAGCUACUGUUAUAUAUUAAGGUGUACGCGUUCGAUCGGUCAAGCGAGCGAAUCUCUAUACUCCGAGCAUGAAUCUGUGCUGAUCAUUCAAGGAUAAUGACACAUUAUUAAUAAAUUCACAUGGGAAAAUGGGUCCAAGCGACUUGGCUCUGGUGCUGCGAAUCUGUUCAUAUCAAUUUAUUACGCAUAUUAUAUGUAUAACGAAGAAUCGCCGUUCAAUGAUAGCAAUAAGCCAAACGUAACAUCAUUAGCCAAGUGAAACCUUAAGUCAUAUUAUGACGAUAUAGCACAUAACGUAUAGAACUCGGUACAUCUUUUUUCCUCGGUUUCUAUACGCGUAGAUUAGUCUGUGUAGCUUGGCUGUCAAUUUUAAAGUCAAUAGUCGACGAGAGAGAGAAGUGCGCCCCUGCGAAGAUUACGAGCUUUCCUCACAAAUCCCGCGCACGAAGUACACUUUUCCGUAUUGGUAAUUUCGUAGAGCUCUACAACGUUCCAGUUUUUUCACUCUUUUUCCUUCUCUCUCUUCCCCUCUUUCUCUCGGCGCUGCGUCACAUAUUAUCGAGGAAAAAUAUAGAGGCUGUGAAGUGACACGAAUUCGAGUCCCCCUCGGGUGCUUAACAAAAAAAAAAAAAAAAAAAAAAAAAGAAAAAACCGCUUCGUGUUAAUCAUUCGACGUGUACGCUACUGAGAAAAUUUGAUUCUCUCUCUCGCGCGCGCGCGUAUAAUUUCCUCCAAUUUUUGGUGCAACAAAAAGCGGUAGUCCAAAAAAAAAAA